AUGGAUGAAAUUGAUGAUGACGAGUUUUACAUGCUGAUAUCUGGUCUCUUCUAUCUUCCAGAGGAUAACCACGGUCUUGAUGAAACUGAUGACGAGAUUCCCCUCCUGAUUCCCGGUGACUUCCAUCCUCCACAAGCUAACCACGGGCUCCUUGAAAUCAUUCAUCACCCAGGAAGUUUCAAUUCAUUCGCAAUUGUAGAGCCAUUUAUGGUUUACGUUGCGGACGAUUCUGACGAGUCUGAAAUUAACCCCCUUUGGGUCUCCAGCUCUGAACCUGACGAUACAGAAACGGACUCGGAUUCUGACGAUACAAAUUCGGACUCGGAUUCUGACGAUACAGAUUCCUACACGGAUACCUGGGCAGAAGAUUGGUCGGAGUCAUCGACAGACGACUCGAGCGAUUCCUCGGAGGAUUCCUCAGGUGAGUGGAACUUCGCUUUUCUGGAAGCCCUGGUCCUUUUAUCCUCCACCGCACUUGUGACUGAAGAAUCAGAAGCUUCUCAGCAAGCUACAACUGUGACAGAACCAGCAGGAGAGUUCUUUCCUCCUACAUCUCCGCAGCAAUGA